UCGACUUGAACGUGGCUGGAGGAUGUUGCCAUACUUUAAGUAGAACGCCUUCGACGAUACCCCCACAUCUCUUCUUCUCUCUCCUGCGCUUCUCAAGUCAUGUCACGCUCUACAUCUGGGAAGAUGAUUGCAGUUCGCCUUCCAGUCGUCCCCGCUGCCCGCUCGACAAUCGCCCCGGCAAAGGAGCCACAGCCUGACCUUCCGCCCCCAUUCAAGCCUCGGUCUGUUUAUGUGACGAAAGAUGCUGUACUGGGCGCACGCGACGUCGCUCCGUUCAUCCUGCUCCCCCGCAUCUUCAUCCCUGUGCCUUCGGCGCUGUGGAAGCCGCCACUCAUGCAUUACGGUUGGCCUGUUCCUAGGCAGCGUCUCCUGGAAUACGCAGAGAAGCACGGCCUGACCAAAUUCUUGGGCAGACGCAACCCAAAGGUCUUCCCAGAUGAAACCGACUCGGAAAGCGAGUUCUCCACGGAUGAUGAUGAGACAGAGGACAAUGAGGACGAAUCCAGUGACCGCUCUAGCGAGUCGGGGUCCUCAUCAGACGGCAGCCGCACGGUCGUCGCCGCACAUGCUACCAGGGCUCGUAAGCCGUGCCCGCCGGUCGAUCCCCCUGCUAAGCCGGCUAGGAUCGACACAAUGUCGACCAUGUUCGGUGCUCUGCGACAUAUUCGCGAUUCGCUCAACGGCGAGCACGGCACGCAGUUCGAUCUGCCGGCUAUGCAGAUAUGCCCGACACUGCAGGACGGCGAGGGCGAGUGCCAAAUCGUGUCGGUCUACACGAACUACCAUUUCCUUCGCAAGGACCUCCCACUUCCCGAACACAUUGCGGCAUUUGGAGAAGCCGUUGGCGUCGAGAUGCCUCCGAGGUGGUUCCUCGACGAGGAACAGUAUGAAUGGUGGUCGGUAAACUACCCGAGGCGACGGUAGUAGUCAUGUGUGCGGUCGGCUAUGGUCUACGGAAUCUUCCCAUUUUCUCGCAUCUACGGACUCCUUCUCGUGCUCGGUAAUCGCAAUUGUAACCUGGUGUACAUAUAGUUGUUCGGAAUCAGUAAUCUGUGUAAUGACCGUA